UUGAGGGCGAAGAACAUACGACCGUAUUGGCCGACGGAGAUCGGAAGUCGUUACGCACGUUCGGACGGGAAAUUUUCGGUUCGAAAGAUCGGCGUCCAGAACCUUAGCUACUGCAUACUGUCGGUGCUGGCGGUUCAACGUCGCGACACGGCAGAAGAGCGCAGAAUCAAGCACGUGGUGUACCUUAAGUGGCCGGAUCACUCGGUGCCGUCCUGCACUCACGACUUUCUACAGAUCGUCGCCAACCUGAACAAAGUCGCUCGCCAACCGAAGGCCUGUAGCCACGUCGCUUCCGAUCACCCCCCGAUCGUCAUGCACUGCUUCGCCGGGAUCGGAAGGUCGGGCACGGCGGCGGCUGCGUAUUUUCUCAUCGAACUCGUGCAACGAAAGUACGCGCCGGAUAUCAGUCGCCUCGUCGCUGACCUCCGACGACAAAGGUGUUUGGCAGUGCAAGGAGUCAUUCAGUACAUAUUCCUUUACAGAGCUGUGGCUGAAUUCUUGCUGGCCAAAGCAACGCUGUCGGCUGAAUUUCCACAACAUCUGAAAUUGCUGCAUCUGCUUCGGGACUGUACUACUAAAAGCGAAUGCGACCUUGCCGUAAGUGUUUUGUCCUCCUACCUCACUUCCCUUGAAACGCGUCCUGCCCCCCCCCCCAAACGCUGCCUUCACGGCUGCUGGUGUAAUUUCCCCACCUAG